CUCCAAACUUACCGGCUCCGGGGCGGGCGGUGGCUUGGGCCCCUCCAGCCCUACCCGAACCGCCCGCCGUUACUAUAGAGAUACUUCCGGCAAAGGCGGGAUCAGAAUACCGCGUGUGGCGCCUUGCAGUACACAUCCCACCCCCACUAAAGUGUAUGAUGAAUGCUGACGGCAUUAUCCGUCAAUGUCCCGCAUAAGGAAAAAGCGGGAACUACGCAACUAAUGACUUCAACUACCGUCAUACACCGCGCCAUUCCGCUUCUAGGCUUCGCAGUAUACAGGCGCUCUCUAGAGGCCGAGAGAAGACUACUUUGGCAGGUAGGAUUCUUCCCCCCAUCCCUCGCUGACUCCAGCCCGCUAGCCGCGAUAUGGAGUUUCCAGAUUUAGGUGCCCAUUGCUCAGAACCGUCUUGCAAGCGCCUUGACUUUCUACCCCUGAAAUGUGACGCUUGCGAGCAGCUAUUCUGCACUGACCAUGUUGCCUAUGCCCAUCAUAACUGCACUUCAGCUUACAAGAAGGAUGUGCAGGUCCCCGUCUGUCCACUUUGCAGCAUCCCUAUCCCUGUCAAGCGAGGAGAGAUGCCUGAUAUUGUGGUGGGAACGCACAUUGAUCAGGACUGCAAAUCGGACCCAGCUCAGCGAAAGCGCAAGAUCUUUACCAACAAGUGUCAGAGACCUGGCUGCAAGCAACGGGAGAUGAUGAAAGUUCUUUGUGACCAGUGUCAUGGCAAUUUCUGCCUCAAGCACCGACACCCUCUGGAUCACGAUUGCACUGGCGCUGGGCAUUCCCUCUCUAAGGCAGGGAAUGCCUCGAUUGCCAGAGCUCAAAGAUCUGUCAAAGCAGCUACAAGCACUGCACCAUGCCAUGGAGCCAUGAGAUCUGUUACAACCUUGCCAACCUCCAGCAGAGCCAGUGAGACAGCAAGAGCAACUCUGCCCCAAAGCAUAGCCCCUCCAGUCAUUGCCCUGCAGAAUGGAUUGAGUGAGGAAGAAGCGCUGCAACGAGCCUUAGAGAUGUCCCUGGCAGAGGCGGUGCCCACCCAACCACAGCCCUCCAGAAUAGGGUGCAUUCUGAAUGAGGUGGGGAAGAGUCUUAAUUGUUCCGGUCCCUGUGCCUCAAACAGCACCCAGGAGGAGGAAGAUCUGGCCUUGGCUAGGGCCCUUUCAGCCAGCGAGGCAGAAUACCGGCGGCUGCAACAGCAGCAGCAACAGACUCGAAGCACAAAACCCUCCAAUUGCUGCCUGUCCUGAGCACAAGAAGAAUGGAUCAGCCUGUGAACCAUGCCUGGCUGCUGCGGUUCUUCCUCUUUCCACACUUGGGUGACCUCCCUCUGCCACUCCCUCAGGGCUACUAACAAUGAACCAAAGGCUGGACCCCUGCCUGAUCCUCGUAGAGUGUCUUUCUCUCUCUCUCUCUUUUCUACACAGCUGUUGUCACCUUGCACUGUGACCAUUGUACACCUUCUGGGAUAGCUGGCAGCUUUUCUCCCACAGGAUGGAGCUAAGUGGUAGUCUUGGGGUAGCGAUUUCCAGUCUUUCCACAGAGCCAUGGCUAGUGUAGUCCACAGCAGAGGAAGGGGGCAGAGUGAGAGGCAGCACUGGCAUCAGUUGAAUUAAAUAUCAAACUCUCGCUGUGUAGGGAUGUCCUGUAACCAUGGAGAGUUUGAAGGAGACAUUCGCCACUGCCAGCCCAUUUUCUGUCUCAGCCUGUGGCAGUCCCACAGUUGGACAGUAGGUGGUGCUAAAUGCUUUGGGCUGAGUGAGGUUUUCCCUACCUUGUUUUUGGUGCUGCUGGGUUUCUUCUUGCUACCUGUUUCUAUAGGGGAAGAUGGGGCCGGGGAGGGAUUAUCUUUCUAGAGCUACUCUUGCACAGUUUCUCUGUCAAAUGCUGGCUUUGCUGCUGCAGCAACAGCAUUCAAAAUCAUGGGAAGCACAAUGCAACGUGGAAGUCUUCCAGAAAGAGGCAGGAUUCAUUAUGAGACUAUCACAGCAAGCAAAGGAGGAUAUCUCUGGGGCCUGUUCCGUGUAAUCCCUUUCCCUGCUGGGAGGUGAUGUCAGAAUUCUCCCCUUUUCUAAGGAACACUAUUGCUUCCAGCCCCUUGCCAGAACUCUUGACACUCAGCCCCUUUAAAAGUCUGCCAAAGAUCAGCCUUGAUGUGACCAGUGGUCAAGUGGCUGCCUUAUAGUGCUAGGAAGGGACAUUUCCACUUCUGGUAGGUAGCCAGUUUGUUUCAGACUGCAUGUUGGCAAAGCUGGCUGGCCCCAGGUGGCACCCAUACCUCAAUGACCACAUGGAUGUCUGUCAUCUGUCUGCAUGCUUUGAUCAGAAACUGUCUUCUACCAGAUGUUUUUUAAAAAAUGUAUAGCCUUGGGCUUCCAGCUCUAUGCUCUGCUGCAGUGGUUAAUGCCGCUCCCUCUGCAGUAGCCACUUCACCAUGUAGCAUUCUGUGCCUUUGACAUAUCACCUACAGGGUUGGGGGAGGUGAAAGAUUGGAUGGCACAGCAUUGUGGGAAAGCUGCUGGGAGCCAAUAAAGUCACAGAUAGAAUUGGCUUGUCCCUUGCUUUCACGAUGGCUUUUUGGUGGUGGUGGUGGUGGUUUUGUUUUUUGUUUUGUUUUUUUGGAGAGCACACAACAUCCAUCUGUUCCAAAAGGUUGGGGGUGGGAAUGAGUUGUUUGGGUUUCUCUGAGAAAUAGCUCAGUGCUUGGAGUUGGGGGAUAUUCACUGUACAAUAACAAUUAUAGUAUGCCAUCUACCUGCGUUGCUCAGCAAUAGCAUGGCUAGGGACAUAGGCUAUCCCAGGGUAGAUUAACUUCAUGCUAGGCAAUUUCUAUGUCAUGAUUUAAGUUAACAGGAAAAUUGUCCAAUUUAUUUUUUGUACAUCAGGUUCCCCGUUUUGAAAUGCAUGUGUUUCCAGAAUAUGCAUGCAUGCUAACUGAUUGCCAUAACAAAUAAAAUAUAUUUGUUUGCA